CUGACAGAUUCCUGAUAGAUGGCUAAAAUGGCGAAAGCGUGUUCGACCCCAGCGAGCCACCAAACUGUAGCAGUGUAGGUCGGAACAUGUAGUAGCUGAAGCUGGAUAUCUCUCGUGUGUGUGCUUUUCUUUUUUUUAAAAAAACAAACACUCCCUCUUCGUCUAUUCACCUCACGUUGUCUUCUGCAAGUGCUGGAAUAUUUUCUAUAAGUGUUUUAAAUGGCAUCCACAAGGCGCCGCCGCCUUGUUCCGUGCUUUUUGGGAAUACUCCUAAACGCUUUAAUCGGUGUGAUGUGCGAAGCAGAGCUCUCCUUCACACUGGAGCCCACUGACAUCAUCGCUGUACAGGAGCAGCCCCUCAUGCUCCACUGCCAAGUGGACGGCAUCCCCCCAAUUACGACACAGUGGAGGCACAACGGCCUGCUGUUAACUCAGGAUAAGCAUCACACCACCUUCAUCAACGGCUCGCUCCUGAUCGCUCACUUCCAGAAGACCAAAUCCGACGGCUCGUCUGAUGAGGGCGACUACGAGUGCGUGGCCGAGAAUUCUUUUGGGCUGGUGGUGAGCCGCAAGGCCCGUAUUCAGGCAGCCACCAUGGCAGACUUCCAUGUCCAACCAGAGUCGGUGCACGCCGAGGAGUCCGGUGUGGCCAGAUUCCAGUGCCAGAUCCAUGGCCUGCCAGAGCCUGUCAUCAGCUGGGAAAAAGACAGCCGUCCGGUGGACACCGAGGACAAGAGGUACACUCUUCUGCCUACAGGUGUCCUGCAGAUUACAGGAGUGCGUGAGGAGGACAGUGGGAAGUUCUGCUGUGUGGCUCAUAACAGUGCAGGAGUGAAACACAGCACUGAGGCCCUCCUCACUGUUUCAGGCUCUCAGUCAUCUGUUUACAAAGAGCCUAUGAUAGUGGUCGGCCCAGAAAACCUCACCCUCACUGUUCACCAAACCGCCAUCUUGGAGUGUGUUGCUACCGGAUACCCUCGGCCCAUCGUGUCUUGGAGCAGACUAGACGGCCGUCCGAUUGGUGUGGAGGGAAUCCAGGUACUCGGCACAGGCAACUUGAUGAUCUCAGAUGUCGGUGUGCAGCACUCAGGGGUCUACGUGUGUGCUGCUAACAAACCAGGGACCCGUGUUCGUAGGACUGCUCAGGGACGUCUGGUGGUCCAAGCUCCAGCAGAGUUUGUUCAAGCUCCGCAGUCCAUCGCUCGGCCCGUCGGCACCACCGCCAUCUUCACCUGCCAGGCACAGGGCGAGCCAGAGCCCCAGCUCACCUGGCUGAAGAACGGGCAGAUUCUGGAGCCCGGGGGACACGUCAAACUCAGGAACAACAACAGCACACUGACGAUAUACGGCAUUAGCCAGGAUGACGAGGCUAUCUACCAGUGCAUUGCUGAGAACAGUGCCGGCUCCACACAGGCCAGCGCCCGCCUCACAGUGCUCUGGGCCGAUGGACUGCCCGGUGUGCCCACCAACGUGCAGGCCGAGGCCCUCUCACCCACCAACAUCCAGGUGUCCUGGAAGGAGCCGGAUCAGAACACUCAGGACAUCAUCGGUUACGUGCUCCACAUCCGCAGGACCUCAGACCCAGUGGAGAUGGAGUAUGAGGAGGCCGUGAGUAAGGUGACACUGCAGCAGAUCAUCAGGGACCUGGAGCCCUCAACCAGUUACACCUUCUACGUCAAGGCCUACACAUCCCACGGGGCCAGCAAACCAUCAGACAGUGUCACCGAGAGCACGCAUGGGGAGGUGCCAGCGCCGCCGUCCCUCUACACCAAGGUGGUGAACAGCAGUGUUAUACAAGCAACAUGGGAACCUUCCUCCAAGAUGGGCCAGCACCAAGGCUUCAGACUGUAUUACAGGAGAGCCCACACGCCGCUGUUUACUGGUCCCAUCAGCUUCCCUCGCAACGUCACCCAGUACAACAUCACUCAGCUGGAUCCUUCACUGGUCUAUGAGAUAAAGCUGCUCGCACACAACCAACACGGAGACGGCAACGCCACCCUGCGAUUUGUUUCACUUCGAGAGGCGGUGGAGAAAUCUGUGUUGGACACCCCGUGCGACUGUGUGAAAGACGAGCAGAGCAAAACAUCCACCACAGGCAUCAUAAUCGGCAUUCACAUCGGAGUCACCUGCAUCAUCUUCUGUGUGCUCUUCCUCGUAUUCAGCUACCGCGGCAGGUUAAUGAUGUGUAAGACGGUUCAGGCCACCCCCCAGGCGGGACACAGCGCAGUGCUGGAAUCCUCUUCCUCUUCCCAGGGGGCCUCAGGGCUGAACGGGGCUGCCAGGAGAGAGAUGGAGGUCAAUGGCAGCACAGUGGGGAAGAAAGUGGCUGACAGCAACGAACUGGAGAGACUUUUUACUCAACCCACCACACAAGAUACAUGUAUGUCUGACUCCUACGCGCUGAACGACACCCAGCUCUCUACGAUACCACUGGAUGAGUUUGCGCUGGAGCGGGAGACGCAGUUCCAGGAGCCUCCUGCAGCAGGAGCGGGUCGGCAGGACCAAGGCUGAUCAUGUAUGAAGGCCAAUUCACACGACACUGUCCACAGUGUCCACUUAGACUCUUCUCUCUCUCAGGUUGACAAGUGUUUCCUUUCAAAGUAGUUUUUCCUUUUGUGCAAAGAUUUUUUUUUUUUUUUUUUUUUUUUAAGUUAAGGAGUUCUAGAGGAUCUAGGACCGUAUAUCAGAGUGUUUGGGGCCUGAAGUUUGGGAGAGCUCUCUUCUGACAGACAGCUGUCUCCAGCCAGGCUAGUUAAACGCUCGUUAUUUUUUCAAUUUGGUCUUUUGUUAAUUUUCUGCUGUUGGGCAGCACACAGAAUAGAGGCCCCAUAAUGUCCUUGUUAUACAAUGAUGAUUUUAUUUUUAAGUUUAUAAAUAUAUAUAUACAUAUAUAUCUUUAUCAACUAUACUGUAUGUCGAAGUGGUUAUAAGUUAUUGGUCUUAUCUCUACUUUUCUGUGGAUGUCAAAGACUCCUGCUGCCUGCUCUCACCUACCAAUGAUUCCACCUUCUCGCACACAGAAGACCUCAGCCUUCUGUCUCAGGACUUUGUUUCAGUGGUAUCAACAUUUUUUUAUGAGUUCUCGGCCUUCAUACAGGCACUAGACUUGGCUGUGUGAACCUUACGAUUCAACAAAAACCUACCUCAGCCGGAAUGAAUGUGUUGCGGGAAGCUUUUAGGGACUUUACCUUCCCCUGUGCUCACAAUUACUUUACAUGCGGAGGAACUGAUUGGUUUGAAAAUUACAAGAUCAGGUGCCGCACUACCUCAGAUGUCAAGAAUCGUCUCUCUUCUCCUGCUUUUCAAAGCAAAACGAAAAAAGAAAAAGAAACGAGUAUCCAACAUAAAGCACUUCCAAAUGCUGAAGUUAAUGUUCUACCUCAAGAUAACAAUGUUAAUGUUGUCGCUGUUGUUGUUGUUGUUUGUCUGUUUAUUGCAUAAUGAAAAACCCUCUUUUCCCUCCUCUGUGAAAUCCCAGCUUCCCUCUGUUGAUGAAUAUGGUGUUUGUAGAUUCAAUGUCAGUACCUCAUGCAAGUUGACAGACUGAUAACACUGUUGUAUGAAUUACAGUAUGUUAGGAUGAUGUAUGAAUUAUGAUGUUCCAUUGUGAGCCCUUUUUUUUUUUUUUAGAUUUUAUCUCGUUCAAAACAUCAUAUUUUUUUCUUAAGUUGAAUGAAAAGAGCGUUAGAGAUACACUGCACUGCUUAUGAUAUGUUCAGGACUAUUUACUGCUCCAGACGGGAUACACAAUUUUUAAUUGGACCAAAUAAUAUGACCUACAGACAUCAGAUAUGUGCCUAAAAUUAUUGUAUGAUUGAAUUCUGUGUGUGUCUGUGUAGAUUAUGUUUUAUUGAUUGAAUGAAUGUUUCCACACCUAUAUGAUGUUUGUUAAACAAUUUAUCAAAAUUCCCCAAAAUUUAAUUUCACUGUUCUUAGUGUAAUGACUUAAAAGAAUAGUUUGACAUUUUGGGAAAUUUGCUCGUUAGCCUACUUGCUGACAGUUAGAUGUUACCACUCUUACUACUAGCUAUGAUGCUAUAACUGUUAGCAUGCACAGAUUAACCAGCUAAGAUGUAACUUGUUAAUUUUUCAACACAGUUUCCAGGGUUGGAAAUUAGCACCAGCCACCAGCCAAAUGCUUAAAAAAAAUGCAAAUGACUGAUAGGUGUUUGUAUCCACCAGCCACAAUGUCAGGUGGAGUUCAUUUUCAACCCUGGGUAGAGGUGUUGUGCAUAUCUUUGGACUUAAGAUAAAGCCAGGCUAGCUGUUUUCACCUGCUUCAAGUCUUUAUGGUAAGCUAAGCUAACUAGCUGUAACAGCUCUAGCCUCAUACUUAAAGGAAUAGUUUGACAUGUCGGGAAAUAUGAUUAGUUUCGUUGUGGUGGAAAGCUCGAUUAGAAGAUCGAUUCAACUCUCGAGUCUGUACAGUUAAUAUGAUCUAUGGCCACCAGAUGGUUAGCCUAGCUUAGCUUAGCAUAAAGACCUCUAGCCCCCAGCUCAUCUAUAGCAAACUAAAUAAUAUAUUAUUUAUCUUGUUUGUUUAACCCAUUCAAAAAACAAUUUCACCAAUUGGCUGUUUUAUUGGGGAUCUUGUUAUGGACUAUUUCUCAGGCCCUCAGGAAGUGCGCCAGGCUUCGAAGCUGAUUUUUUUUAGUGGCCAAACAGUGAAAUUACGAUGUCUAGGUCCAUCACAUGAUGCCAUCAGGCCCAAAAAGAUCUUUUCCCAUAGACUUAAUGGUGAAAAAGACAUCUGUAAAUUAGUGGCUCAUUUUUUUUGAGCAUCACAACCCCUUCAAAAUGAAUCAUUUCACUUUUGGGAUUUGGUCCAUUCAGUCCAAUAAGAUUUCUAAAGUCCACAAGAACAGCACAAUUUGCUCCCCAUUCAAGAUAGCAGAGCGCUACACCAGAAGUUUUCCGCUCAGCUUGUGAGAAUCUGUAAUGCGCUUGCUCUAUGGGCCCAAUGAUGUAGAAGAUCUGGGUAAUUAUGUACCCAUGCAGGCUUUUUUUUGGCUUCAAGUGCCACUGAGCAACUUUCACAGGAAUGAAUGGGCCCUGCAUCCAGUUCUCUUUACACAUCUAUGCUAUUUUUUGACAGUGAGCAGUAGCUUCGUGAAGUCUCCACCAGUUGCCUCGCAACUUAACAGAGAUAGUUGACAGAGUGGUAACAUUCUCCUCUAACUUUUCACCCAACAGCAAAUGAGCUAAAAGAACUAUUCUUUUGGUUUAAAUAAGCAGCAGUGUAUUUCUAACCUCUCUCUGGAUAUUUGUUGCUACAGUACUCUUAGUAAUAUUUUUUCCACAUCACAUUAUCUGCCUCCUUUUUAAACAAAAGUAGUAGCCUUCAGACUUACGGUGCCCAGGAGACAUGACAGUUGCUGAGCAUGCUUGACUAUUGUUACUCUCUUCCCAAACCCACAACUGCUGCUUAGCAUUCUCCCUCCUGACGACACUGACUAGUCAAAGUGCUUCAGGAACACCGUGUUUAUAAUAUAGCUGGUUGUUGACAGCCACGGGCAGAGAGCUGGCUGAGGGAGAUAGACGGUCGUUGGUUGGCUCUACGAUCACAGGGCUUCUCUCUCCAGCUCUCCGCUCUGUGUCGUCACAUACUAUACAGGACUUGCUCUGAUGCAUCAUGGUAACCUACCUCAACCCUGAUUUUGGCCUUUCUCUCAGGUCUUUAUGAAGAAACAUACAGAGUAUGAACAAUGGAGGAAUACACACAUACGUAUAUAUAAAUGUAUAUAAAUAUAUAUAUUGCAAUUGUCGCCACAUGCUGCCACAGAAAGGGACACACAGUAAAACACAAACACACAAAUGGAGGGAGAACUUUUUAGGACCUUUAUCUCAUGCACUAACUAUGAAAAUGGUUCACGCUUAGUUUCUAGUGGAUGUGAAUGUGUAACUUUGGUUAUCAUCAGAUUUUUUUUUUUUUUUUUUUCAUAUCACAAGCUGUUAACUUUAUUUUUUUUCACUGGUGUUUGACUUAAUAUCCUCUGUUGAAAGUUAUUCCAUGGAUAAGUAAACUAAGGAAAGUAAUGUGGGCGGCACUUACAACUCGAACAUGCAAACAAUUUAUUGAUUUGCCUUUCUGGCUCUUAAUCCAGAGCGUGACUCGUCAUUACCUUAACUAUUCUGCAUUCACGUGAUACUGUUCAGAUUGAUUUUAUGAGCAGCCGAGUGGGAGAAACGAUUGAUGUCAGACUCCUAGUUGUAAUUCCAGGUUGGUGAUAUCUGGAAUAUCUGACAGCUCCAAUAUCUUCCACUUAGCCAAAACAAGUACGGAGGAACAAACUAGAACUGUCACUUCCUCAGAAAAUCUAAAUCAAGUAGCCUAAAUUUGAUUAAGUAUUGUUCAAAACAUUGUAGACGUGACCUUGUUUCAUUCAUUUGCCGUCCCUCUGCUGCCUCACUGGAGUGACAAGUUUGCAAAGUCAGUAGACCAACCUUUUCCUUUAUACGCGUUAUCCACAUCUAUGGUGUUAAAUCCAACAUUCUUCCUCUCAUCACCUCUCAGAUAGUUAAACACAUUCUCGCUCCGACCUCGUCACAUAUCGACAUUUGGUCAUGGAUCUUCCACGUCCAGAUACGACAUGAAAGGUACCCUGGGUGCGUUGGUUUCUGAUGUUCUGGGACGUUGUGUCAGGUCGGUGCUUGUUGGACCCAUCCACCAUCCCUCCUGCCCGCCCUACUUGGACUUUUGCCGCCUUAACUUUCGCUGUUUUCCCACCAUGUUUCCACCUGAUGCCGCCGAGCACCGUUUGACUAUAACAACAACCGCCAUAUCAUGCCGACGUUAAAGAACGGCUUUUAUCAUCAGUGUCUGACACCGCAAGUCACUGCCAAGGCACCAAAUUUCGACAACUUCAGAGUGAGACCGGGUUGGAUAGUUUGGUAUCGUCAGCUCAGCGCCCUACUUUUCAGUUAGCUUUUUCCGUUUGAUAUCGGUUCACUAAGAGGCAGCAGAGCAUGCAAUUCAAAGACCGACAGGGCAUUUUGAUUGCAGUUUAUUUGGCUGGAUUCGAAUGAGCUACACACGACUUGUAUGCAGUAGGCGAUUUGAGAUGGGACAAUGGGGGAUGCCAACCCCCUUGUUAACCUGCCAUCCUUCUUCAUCCCCAGGCCUGGACCCAGACCUAUUACUGAUAAAUUAUUGACAACUGUUCAGUUUUAACGAAGCGCUUAGUGACGCAGAAUUUGUAGCUUUGGUUGAGUGACCAAGAAACUCACAGACCAAUUACACAAGUUAAAUCAUCUCCUGUGACGCUACUCAGCCAAUCAAAUCUGUGCAUUCCGAUUGGCAUUGCAGCUCCAAUGAGAUACUUACUCACAAGUCGGCUACUAGUUGAAUGUAUCUGGUUUCACACAACAAAUACUGAAUAAAUACAAGUACUACACUCUGUAAACCAGGCUAACACUGGGGCUAGCAGCUUGGGCUAACGCGUAAAUACAGUCACAAUAAGUGGACGUUUUCCAGUUUUCCCAUUUUGUUAAUAUUGCAUGAAUGCAGCAUAAGGUGUAAUGACAAUACAGGAAAUUGGAAAAUAGUUUUCAAAUUCGAUUUUUGGCUCAAUAUACAGUAUCAUAUCUUCUGAUCAUCUGCGACAUUCCACAUGAGAGUUGUUUGUGUCCCCACAGCCGAGAAUCACCUCCCAUCUUUGUGUGUUCUUCAUUAUACAGUUUCCAUCUUAGUGAUCAUCUUAGCAUCUGUGAUGUUAUGCCUUUUAAAUUUAUUUGUUCAUGCUUAUUUGUUUGCAGAUUUUUCUCCUUGCAUCCAUUUCUUGUAUUUAAUUGUACGCUGCGGUGUUAUUAUCAUGUUACACGUGUUGGAAAAACAGUAACGGUACUUGUCAAAAUAGCAGAACAAAUGCUCGAACCUAAAUGUCUCCUGCUUGUAUAUUUAUUAACUGCCAAUGUGAUAUUUUCUCUCCGGGGCUGCUGCAGCCUUAAUCAGUGUAUUUACUUCUACUGAGAGUAAUUUCACUGGGGAAACAAGUGGUGUGCUUUUCUUUCUUCCUUUCUUCCUUCCUUCCUCUGUCCCUCGGUGUAAUUUAGGGUUAAUCUCCUCCUGCAGGAAAUUGCCCACAUCUCACCCGUGGAUGUGACAGGUUUUAGUGCCAUACUGUUUAACCUGAUUCACUGGGAAUGUGGUGCAGUGACGAUCAUGUUUACGUGAUUAGACUUUAAUAGGUCAGGUUGUCCUUUUGCUUUAUAAUAUUCCAACUUGUGUGAUUUAACAGAGCCCUCGAAGCUGUUCUCACUGACUGACAGUGCUCUAACUCCAUCACAGUUAGUGAAAAAAAGGGGCCUUUGUCUUAUAUAUUUUGCAGCCUUGGGAAGUGCUAUAUCACCAAACUCUGCUCCUGUCAGUUAGCCAGCCUCCUUUUUUCUUCGUUCAAGAAUCCUGACCUUUGGACAGGGAGAGUGUGUGCUCAGGGACUCUCUGAUCCUCUUGCUAUAUGUGCAUCAGCAGGCCGCUCUUGGCCUUCUGGGUUUUACAUGAUUUUACUCUUUAAAUUCUUCUUUGUGCCCAGUUCAGACAGAUUCACUGUCAGGGAUGUCUUCUUUGUCGGUCAUUUGCGUAACUAAGAGAAAGUGUUGGCAGCAUGUUCAAACACUUGUCCACAGUGUGGCUGCUCUGCUGGAAACAUAAAGGGCCAACUUCUCAGAAAAUAGUUCACUUGCUACCCUUGUGUGCCAGAGGAUGAUGAAAACAAAGACAUAGGGAUUAUACAUUAACAUAAGGUUGCAACUGCAGUGGAAAAAUUAUCUGUGACAACUUGAGGGAACUCUCGUUCACACGGAGAGUCAACAAUUUUUUACUCUCAGUGAAAGAUUACUGUUAAUGCCUCAAAAUCCCUCACAAAUCUGCCUGAAAUACCUCAGAAGCGAUCGACUUCUGUGUUAAUGCUCCUGCUCACUAUGGAAAUCAGAUAACUUAAAACCAUCUGUAGUUCCUAAUUUAUGUUGAUAUUCAUCCAAGAGCUUAAACAAGCAGUCAGUGAGUUGGUAAGUCUAUCUGCAGAAGAAAUAAUUAACAAUUUAGGAGAUUUUUAACGCAAAAAUGCCAAAAAUUAACUGUGAAAUUGUGAGAAUUUACUGCUUGAAACAAAACAAACAUUUUAGGGCCUUUUUUACACCCGAAUGAACCAAGGUCCAAACCAAGGUUCAUGUCUUUGCUACAUUGAACACAUUUGAUUCGGACAGUUUUGGUUUCACUCUGCGUUUAUACGAGCUAGGGAUGUUCCUGGGGACUAAUUUCCCUGUUGACUAAACGAAAAUUUUCAUUAAGACUAGUCGACUAGUCUAAAAAUUGUAUUCAGGCUCAACAUAUUCCAUUAACUUCCUGAAGCUUUACCUUCAGCAAACUUUAGUGGAAGCAUAUCUUGCAAGGUCAUUGUCGUGAUGAGCUGCGUUAUCUUGUCAGACCAGGCGGGAUCACAGCAGCAACGAUGUCAAAUUGUGGCUAGCACCGUUGCUUGAGUUGAAUGUGGUUAUGUAUUGCUCCAGUCGAGUGAUUAUAUGCUAUGCCGUUUUUUCUGACACAGUUUACAUGCUACAUCGUUUCCAUUUUCUAGAUCAAAGUACUGCCAAACCGCACUGGUUUUAAGAGAGAACAUCGCUCUUAUUUUCCACCGUACUGUUUUAAAACUCCAGUCGACUCGAGCAUUUCCGCAGGGAGGGGACUGCUGUCUGACGGCUCUGUAGCCCCCACUAGUGGCGGGCGGCUGCAUGACAGUUUAGCGGCCUUGUACCUGAAUAAAACACUAAUUGGUUUAACCAACUAAUAUUCCUGGUGCUGACUAGAGAGGGGGAGGACGUUUAAUCAUUUAGACGACUGAUACGAGCGCACUAAAGAACUAUACAUGAAACACCUACGUCCUGUCAUCAUCACCUACGUAAGCUGCGUCUGCUUCUGAUUGAAAAGUAUUUAAAAAAUUUUUGAGUUUUUCCAACUGACUCUAUAAAGUCGUAUCAUCCUCUCCCCAUGUGCAACCACAACUCAUUUUGUUGUGUCUGUUGUUCAUGGUCAACCUGACACCCACACUCUCUCUGUCACCUAAUGCGCAUACACUACGCUGGAGGCACUACACUACUCCUAUCACAUGCGAUAGCCUGCCAAAACUUCCUUUAAUUGGUCUUAAAGUCUGAACAUUUCAAAGAUUUUCACACCAGAAACCAACCAAACCAUUGUCUAGUUUGAUCCUGACCACCUCUUUUCAACAGGUGUGUUUUUGUCCAGACCAUGAUCCAGGGAAAGGUCUCACAUCUGUAACUUUGGUUCAGAUCAAACUGUAAAGUCCAAAACUCCAGAUCAAAUGAGGCAGGUGUGAAAGGGCCCUGACAGAAGUGAUAUUGAGCUUUAGAAACUUGUAAUUUUUCUGAUAUUUCAUAAACCAAACUAAUAAUUGACUAACAGAGAAAAUAACGGGCUCAUGAUUUGAUGAAACACAAAGAAUAACAGGUCUCAGCUGUCAUUCAUCCAUACUUGUUCUCAGGUUCUCACAAAGAAGGCAUCCUGAACUGGGCAUGUGCAGGAUUUGUUUCUCAUGGCCAGUAUAUGGCUCCAGCUGUUUAGACUAUGUGUCUGUGCAGUUCUCUGUCUUAUGCAUUAACUGAACACAGGUAACCAGAUCCAGUCAGGACAACAUUAGACUGACACUGUCUCACUGUAUAAUGUCUGUUAAGUACGAUGCUGUAACUCAAUGGUUGAUUUAAUGGUGAGGAUGUUUUGGGUAACCUGAAAUAUUCUCACUCUGGUUUCUCUAAAAGUCCAAAGCCUGAUGCAACUAGCCUCUGCUUGAAAUCUCAUUUACAUUAUGUGGUAUUGAUCGUUGUGGCACCACAUGAUCAUCCGAUAUGAUUGUGAAUUGAUUACAUUUCCGAUGCAUUUAUCUCUAUGGUGUUCUGCUCUGAGACCCCGAUGACUGUACAUGUCAAAUAAUGCUGAGUUUAAAGAUUUUCCGAGUGAUUUAUACUCUUGUCAAAUGGUGAUUUAAUGUAAAUGUACUUUAAUGUUUGAGAUCAGUAUUAUAUUUUAUAUACCUCUGUCAAGAAAGCAGAUUGAAUCCAAUGUGUUUAACGGUAGUAGGCAGAGAGAAACCUACAGUAGAUCUGCAUGAGAAACGAAAAAGCUAACGUGUUAUUUAAGCUGAAAUGAAAAGUGUUAGUUAAUCAUUAUUGGACUUGUGAUGGUAGCACUGUGAUAUUUAGCCGAAUAAUGGCAAAAUAAUGUUGUGAUCUCAAUAUGGUGACUACUGAUGGUCCCAUCUCGCAUUGUCGGUCAAUCUGUCUUGAUGGUGUCUGUUGAUGAAAACAGGUCGUGUGACCUUUUUCCGCUGACAAAUCUAAACCUGUCUCGUCCUCGCUGAUGCCUGAUGAUCACCUCAUCCUCAUCCUGUUCCCACCAGUCAUCCUCACAUGAGUGACUCGGGGUGAGGUCCUGUCAGCGCUGUUACCGUUUAAAGUGACAAGUUGUUUUCAUUUUCCUUCACAAACCAUCGUUGCUUGAGGAGAAUGUCUGUUCUGUAUUGAUGUUGUCAACACCAUCUAAAGCUGCUCGGUCAUCAGUAAUUUGGCCACUGAAAUAGAAAAAGAGUAGAGUCUAUUGGGCAGGUGAUCGAACCCACACACCUGUCCUGCGAGGUUAGUGUCAAACGUCAAAGUCAAUACCAGCAUGUCAGUAAAGAGAUCAUUGUUUAAGUCUGCUUACAGAGACAUGCAUUGUAAAAUCUUCCUGUAUAGAGCGCCACAUUUAUGUUUGUGAUUCACAGUCUGAGCUUCGAUCCUGCUCCACUGCAGGCAAAAGAGUAUUUAAUCUUAAAGGGAAAACGACGCUGAUAUAUUGCUGCCAUGUGAAACCAUGUAGGUGUAAGAAUAUUAGACCUGCUCUUGCCCAGUGUUGCUGGUUUGCAACAAGAAUUUCACUUGUGUUCAAAUUAGAAGAACUGAUGAGUGAUUUGUUUUAUUUAUUAAAACUAAUUUUUAUUCAGUUGGCCAAGAAAAGGAUUUGAAUUUGAAAUAUUGAAUUUGUUUUUUUUUAAAUCUACAACUGUAAAACUUGCAAGUCGACCACACGUGAAGUUUAAUCUCCAUUAUUAGGUUUAAAGUCCCCAAAAGCUUGGUUUCAAAGCCCAAGUUUGGCUUUAUAACAUUAGAUAUUCAUGAUUAAAGAGGCAACAAGGUUGAAAUUCAGAAGAAAAAAAAACAUAAUAAUAACAUCAGUCAUUUAUCGAGAGUUUAACUAGCUAAUCUGUUUCAUCAGGAUAUAUUUCAUCGACAGUAAAUCCAAACCACCCCACAACAUUAUAGAAACAGAGCAAUUUAGCCCCACCCACACCAAAGGGGAAACAAUUAAUCGCCGCUCACUGACUGUAUUGCAUGAACGUACCUCCAUGUUUCUACCAUCUGCUAGCAAACAACAGAAAAUGCCUAAAAGCUGCUGUGUGGUGGGAUGCACUACCAACAGCGCUAAGAACCCAGACCUAAGAUUUUACAAACUGCUGAACCAAAUUUUAAGAAGACAGUAGUGGAUACUGUGGAACUCAGUUGCAUUUGCAGAGAGCAUCUUGCUAAGUUGACUGGAUAAACUGUGGAGGUUGAAGCUAACUUAGCAAUGUAAUGCCUGGUCUCAAACUUUGUUAGGUUAAACAAUGAUUUUACCUCUUGAGUUGAUGAAAUAGUUGUAAAUAUCAAAGUAUUUAGAUUCUGGCCAUUCAACAGGACCAUUUCUCCAAGAUUAGCAAGGUAUUCAUCCCUGUUACUGGGGUUUUUUGGGGGAAGUUUUUCCUUAUCAAAGGACAGAGGGAUGUCGUAUGCUGUAAAGCCCUCUGAGGCAAAUUGUGAUUUGUGAUAUUGGGCUUUAUAAAUAAAAUUGAAUUGAAUUGAAAAUUAAGGAGAAGGGACACUAAGAUAUGAUACCAUUACUGACUAGACAUAGGAUGCUUAAACGAUCCUUUGACUUGCUGAAAUCGUUUCAGUGCUUGGUUGCAUAUUGUGGAGGUGAUUGUUUUCCCCAAUGAUGGGUUUGGUUUGAAGAGUGUGACACGUGUCUCUAUUAUAUCACGACAUGCUAAAUCCAGAUUCGUGCGCGGAUGUGCAUGACAUCAGUUUUUACCAACUCAGCCAUGCAUCCCUCAAAGCAAUUAUGGGAGCAAAGUCAAAAACACAAAUACAGAAAUCACCAAAUUUGUUCUUACUUUGGCGGACAUGGGGUUAAAAAAGCAUUGUGGUCUGUGUGUUGGCUCCGUUUAUAACUUUAUUGGCAUCAACCAGGAUUCCACCAGCAAAAUCAGGCUGUUUUUUUAUGUUUACCAUUCUUUUUCAUACAGAUUAAUAUAUUACAAAAACCACUGUAGAUUCUCACUGUAAGUCCUGGUGAAGCAGAUACAAUGAGGACAGUAAUCUUGGCUUUUAUGCUCAAAGAAUUGCAGUUUUUUUCCCCAGUACAAUAUGUGACCACAACAAAGGGCAAGAGAAGGUCUGUCAGCCAUUUUAUUCUCACCUCAUUAGAGUUGCUUUUACUGAUACUACAGUUCAUUAAAAACGAGUAGAACUUCUAUUUUAUCUAUGCAGUUUUAUUUUUAUUUUUAAAUCCUACAGGGUUCAAAUGUGGUGCCAACCUGAAACCAAAAACCAUAUGCAUUACCAGCUGCGUAAACUACUUGUUUAAUGUCACAAAACAAGCCUCAAUUGUUGUGUUACCUGCGUUCGAUUAGCCGAUCGACCAGUUGGAACAAAGGGAGCGCAAAUCUGUACAGCCAGCUCACGAUCACACAUCUAUCUGUCAGUGUCUGUCUGUCUGUCUGUCUGUCCGUCUUGUUAUAUGUCCGUCUGCUGAGGUGCCUCCAUCUGCCCGUACACUGUCUUCUCCCACAGUUUAAUUCAGGUCAAUAUGAGAUGAUUUAAUAAGCGUUCUCAGAGCAUUGUCAGGGAUCACUGCUGUAUGUUUCCACAAAGUUAUGUUUCUACACUCUCUCUAGACCAAGGUGUAAAUCUGUAUACAUAUCCACAUAUACAGUGUGUACUGUAUGUGUGUAUGUAUGUAUGUGUGUGUGAAAAGGCAAAAUAGACCAUUUUUAGUGGUUUGUAUUGUUUUAGGGUUCAUUGUGCAAAACUGAAGAAAAAAACAAUAACAGUGAUAAUAAACUAGA